CUAAAGCGGACGUGAGGGGAGCGGAGCAAGAUGGCGGUGCAGGUGGUGCAGGCGGUUCAUCUUGAGUCUGACGCUUUCCUAGUUUGUCUCAACCACGCUCUGAGCACAGAAAAGGAGGAGGUGAUGGGUCUAUGUAUAGGGGAGUUGAAUGAUGACACAAGGAGCAACUCCAAAUUUACCUGCACUGGAGCUGAAAUGCGCACAGUUGCUGAAAAGGUUGAUACCAUCAGAAUUGUUCACAUUCAUUCUGUCAUCAUCUUGCGGCGUUCUGAUAAGAGGAAAGACCGAGUAGAAAUUUCUCCAGAGCAGCUGUCUGCAGCUUCAACAGAGGCAGAAAGGUUAGCUAAACUAACAGGUCGCCCUAUGAGAGUUGUGGGCUGGUAUCAUUCCCACCCUCAUAUAACUGUUUGGCCUUCAUAUGUUGAUGUUCGAACACAAGCCAUGUACCAAAUGAUGGAUCAAGGCUGUGUAGGACUUAUUUUUUCAGGUUUCAUAGAAGAUAAAAACACAAAGACUGGUCGGGUACUGUACACUUGCUUCCAAUCGAUACAGGCCCAGAAGAGCUCGGAGUAUGAGAGAAUUGAAAUCCCUAUCCAUAUUGUACCUCAUGUCACCAUUGGGAAAGUGUGCCUUGAGUCAGCAGUAGAGCUGCCCAAAAUUCUGUGCCAGGAAGAACAGGAUGCCUAUAGAAGGAUUCACAGUCUUACACAUCUGGACUCAGUAACCAAGAUCCAUAAUGGCUCAGUGUUUACCAAGAAUUUGUGCAGUCAAAUGUCAGCAGUCAGUGGGCCACUCUUACAAUGGCUGGAGGACAGAUUGGAACAAAACCAGCAGCAUUUGCAGGAGUUGCAACAAGAAAAGGAAGAGCUUAUGGAAGAACUUUCUUCCCUAGAAUAAAGCAGGAGGAAAAUGUGGAAAAAUGAAAAUACCCAGCACAAAACUAUUAAGCUCAAUCAAUUCUGAAGAUGAUAAAGUUGGAAGACUCACAUGACCCAACUUCAUGACUUAUUAUAAAGCUACAGUAAUCAAGAUAGUAUGGUAUUGGCAGAGGGAAAGACACAUAGAUCAAUGGAACAGAAAGGCGAGUCCAUAAGUAUAUCCACAAUAAUAUGCUCAAUGAAUUUUGACAAGGUGUAAAACUAUUCAGUGAAGGAUAGCCUUUUCAACAAACCAUGCUGAAGCAACUGAACCCCACCAGCUAGCAAAAGGAAAAGGAAAUGUACUUCAGCCAAAAUCUUACACCUUCUAUAAAAGUAUUUCAAAUGUAU